AUGCGCAUCCUCAACAUCGUCUGGGCCGUCUUUGCCUUCCUGCUACUGGCCGCGGGCGUCAUCUCUAUCGUCGCCUCUGUCAUCUUCAACAGCGCCGGACACCCUUUCCUCAACAUGAUCGCCACCAAAGUGGAUUUCAAACUCGGGAUCGGCAUGGGCGUGAUCUACAUAAUGAGCUGUAUCGUCUCCGUCCCAGCCUUCAUGGCAUCGUUCGAGAACCCGGUGAUGCUCAAAUUCCUCAACUGGUGGCUUGUCGGAUGUAUGGCUGUCACCCUCGCCUUUGGAAGUAUCUUCUGGGUCCUCUCACUGGAACAGCUGAAUACCUUCUCCAACGUCUGGAAAGCGCAGACAUCCACCAUCCAACAGACUAUCCAAGAUGAAUUCUCCUGCUGUGGCUACUUUAAUGGCACGGCAGAAGGAGGGUUCUCAACAACAGCUGGAUUUUGUUCCGACGCGACAUUUGCAGCUGCUCAGACUGGUUGUCAAAAUACCAUCACAUCCGCCUCCUCCCCCGGGACAGAUUUCACUCUCGAAACCAUUUUUUCCACCGUUUAUGGUUUUGAAAUCAUUCUCGUUUCAUUCUUCUUGGCUACUGUCUGUUUGAUCAACGAGCGAGGGAUAAGUGUGAGGUUCAAGAGGAUUGAUGCCAAGCGUGGUGGGAGUGGUUUCGUGUAG